AGCUUGGCAUCAGUGGUAUUUGUGUGGAGACACUCGAUUUGAGAGGAAGAACAAGAACCUUAGAGAACCAAGUGAGAGAGAGGUUCUUGGGUCUUCCUUUUGAAAGGUGCUUGCUCUUAACCAAAAAAAGAGAGGCUAACAAGGAUGGGUGAUGAGAUAAACUCCAACCCGGUGACUCCUCGGCCGGCCUCGACGACGCCGACGGAUGCCUCGGUGGCCCCGACGCCACCCCCUGUGUCGAGCCCUCCAUCCCAAUACCACUCGCCGUCCCUGUCGAGGUCGCCGCUCCUGUCGACGCCGGAGAUCAAGCCGUCGAAGACCCCGAGGAUCGUGACGCCCAAGAUCGCCACCCCAAGGCUGUCCCUCACCCCGAGGUUCAUAACCCCUCUCGGCAGCCCGAUCCGGCGGGCUCUGCACCUGACCAAGCUCGACCCGCACGACGCCUGGCUCCCCAUCACCGAGUCGAGGAACGGCAAUGCGUACUACGCCGGCUUCCACACCCUUUGCUCGGGUAUCGGGAUCCAGGCCCUCGUGCUCCCGGUGGCUUUCACCAUUCUUGGAUGGACAUGGGGGAUUAUAUGCUUGACUCUGGCGUUCAUAUGGCAGCUUUACACACUAUACUUGCUGGUGCAACUCCAUGAAUCUCCCGAGACGGGGAUGCGUUACAGCAGAUACAUGCAGCUUGCCAGUGCCGCGUUUGGCGAGAAGCUAGCGAACUGGUUGGCGCUGUUCCCCUUCAUGUACCUCGCGGGAGGCACCUGCGUGUCCCUGAUCAUCAUUGGCGGGGAGACGUGCAAGAUGUUCUUCGAGAUCCUGUGCGGCGGCACGUGCGGCGCGCACCACCUCACGACGGUGGAGUGGUACCUCGUCUUCACAUGCGCCGCUGUCCUGCUGUCCCAGCUGCCCAACCUCAACUCCAUCGCCGGCGUGUCCCUCGUCGGGGCCAUCACCGCCGUCGGCUACUGCACCAUGAUGUGGGCCAUCUCGGUCUCCGAGGGGCGGAUGCCCAACGUGUCGUACAACCCCAUGAGGGCGAGCACGGAGAUCGCCAGGGUCUUCGACGUCCUCAACGCGCUUGGGAUCAUCUCCUUCGCCUUCAGAGGCCACAACCUCAUUCUCGAAAUCCAGGCCACUAUGCCUUCGAGUGAGAAGCAUCCCUCGAGAGUGCCAAUGUGGAGGGGCACAAAAGUUGCAUACGCAAUGAUCGCGGCGUGCUUAUUCCCUCUAGCAAUUGCAGGCUACUGGGCAUAUGGCCGAGAGAUACCCGUGAACGGGGGCAUGUUGGUGGCCAUAUACGGGCACAAGAACGACAUCGCGCAGUCUGUCCUCGGGCUCGUGAUCCUGUUUGUGAUCAUCAACGCUUUGAGCUCGUUCCAGAUCUACGGGAUGCCGAUGCAUGACGACAUGGAGUCCAAGUUCAUCAUGAAGUUCAAGAAGCCGUUGCCAUGGUGGGGCAGGGCAAUCAGCAGGGCAAUGUUCGGGUACGGCUGCUUCUUCGUGGCGGUGGCAAUCCCGUUCUUGGGGAGCAUGGCCGGGCUCAUCGGCGGGAUCGCACUGCCCGUGACCAUGGCCUACCCAUGCUUCAUGUGGCUCAAGAUGAAGAGGCCCAAGAUGUAUGGCCUGAGCUGGUGGGUCAAUUGGGUGCUUGGAACGUUGGGGAUGGCACUGAGCGGGCUCCUGAUUGCGGCGGGUGUCUAUGUGGUGAUCGACACUGGCAUUAAAGUUAGCUUCUUUAAGCCUUAGUAGGGUGAGGUUUUCUCCACAAGUGAUAUUGGGGGUGGUCCAAAGAAACACUAGGGUAACUAAAAGUUCAAGCAAAUUAGCUUGUAGGUUUUCAACUUCUUGAUUUGUUUCUUGUGUGAACUGUAUAACUUGUCAUAUGUUUGUCUUUCAAGAAAAGAAACGAUAUAGUGGAUUGAAUGAAUUCUUGAAUAUUAUUGCAGCAA